UAGCCGCACUUGUAUAAUGAGCCCCUGUCCUUUUAGUCGCGUGUUGUUGGGUUCCAAGUUGAAUGCCGUUUACUCUCUGUCUUUCUCCUUCUCUGCAUUUUCUUCUGCAACUCCCCUCCCACUCCGCCAUUGACGCCGUCGAUCCUUCAACUUAAUUCCAACUGUACCUUUCACCAUUACUUCUUCCAUAACCCGUCGGCGGCCGCGCACAUUCACCUCUUAAACUGGUAUAAUAUAUUCUGUUCUCACAGAUCUUCGUCUCUCUGAAAUUUGUUUGAUCAGGUUUUAAGAUCUCAUUAACUGGCGUUUGAGCACAGAACACACAAUGCUGGUCCCUCCAUGGCUUGAACCGCUUCUGAACGCAUCGUUUUUCAGCGUUUGCCGGAUUCACGGAGACGCCGCCAGGAGCGAGUGUAACAUGUAUUGUCUCGAUUGCAAUGGCGACCCGUUUUGCUUUUACUGCCGUUCUUCAAGGCACAAGGAUCAUCAAGUUAUCCAGAUAAGAAGAUCUUCGUAUCACGAUGUGGUGAGAGUUGCAGAAAUCCAGAAGGUCCUGGACAUAAGUGGAGUACAGACGUAUGUGAUAAACAGUGCGAGAGUGCUGUUUCUGAAUGAGAGGCCUCAGCCAAAAACAUCAUCUGGGAAAGGAGGGGGAGCUCACAUUUGCGAGAUUUGUGGAAGAAGCCUCUUGGACCCAUUUCGUUUUUGUUCUUUGGGAUGUAAGCUUGAAGGAAUAAAGAGGAAUGGGAAUGCGAACUUUGGUUUGGGAUCAGUGUCUUCCAGACAAGAAGAAGAAUUGCGUGAAGGGUCACAACAAGAUAUGUAUCCGGCCACGCCUCCUCCUCCACCUGCUUCCUCUGCAAGAAGAAGAAAAGGAAUUCCUCAUAGAGCUCCUUUUGCUUCCUAGUAGUAAUAAUAAUAAUUAUGCUAUCUUUACCCUCAAAACUGGUACAUAUUUCAAUUCAACCCUUCUCUUGUUAGUAUAAUUUAUUCCUUUCCGAAAAAAAUAAAAGAAGAAAAAGGAAGGAAGAUAGCCUUUGGAGUUGUCCAUGCGUGAAAAAGAAAGGGAAAAGUAUAGAGGUAGGAAAGUUCCUUGUUUUCGGGACUGGUCUCGAAACAACAAAUUGAAGAAUCAAUAAUGCAAUGGGAUUUGUUUAAUAAUUGAUGCUCGAGGGUGUACAUAUCAUUAAGAAAUUGGAAAGCAAGUCUUUUGUUGAGUCCGUUUUAUAGUUUUCAAUGUCCCACCAUCCACAUGCCCCCUUUCACUCAACCAUAACUACGCCUUUUUCUUUUAUUCUUUAUUACUUAUUUGUUUCUUACGUGCAUGACAUGUAAUAUUGGGACGAAAAUCAGUUAUUUAUCGUUACCAGUUUUACCUACCAAA